AUGUCGCAAGGCCAGGCCUCUGAGCCGCACACGUCCGUGCGCUUCACCACCAAGCUCGAGCCGCGGUGGGUGGUAUCGGACACGCCUCUCGACCUGCCCACCCGCCUCUCCCGCUACGGCCUCUCGGAGGUGGUGAACCACCUUCUCGGCGCGUCGCCCGCGCGGCCGUUCGACUUUCUGCUCGACGGCGAGCUGCUGCGUGGCUCGCUCGGCAAGGCUCUCGCGGCGCGCGGUCUCUCGGGCGAGUCCACCAUCACCCUCGAGUACAUCGAGCUCCUCGCGCCACCGCAGCCGAGGGGCGAGGCGCUGGUCCCGGACUGGAUCUCCUCGCUGGCGCUGGCUGCCCCGGGCUCGAGCGUAGCCUCUAGCAACCCGGUGCUCUCGGGCUGCUACGACGGCGCCGCCUACCUCUGGGACGCCUCGGGCGUCCAGGCUGCCGCGCUCGGCGGCGGAGAGGGCGCUGCCGCUGUCAAGGCAGUUGCCUGGCUGGGCGAGCGGCCGGUGGUGGCGUCCAAGGACGGCGCCGUGCGCGGCAAGGCGCUCUGCGUCGCGUGGGACGGCGCCGACGCGGUCGUCUCGGGCGGCACCGACGGGCAGCUCCGCAUCUCGACGCUGGCCGCCUGA